AUGGCCGCCCAAGCGACAUUCAAGUCGAUCAAGUCCGUCCUCCCACUGUUCGACCGUGUGCUGGUGCAGCGUUUCAAAGCCGAGACGAAAACCGCUUCUGGCAUCUUCCUGCCCGCGUCCGCGACUGCUUCGCCGCUCCCCGAGGCGACCGUCAUCGCCGUUGGUCCCGGCGCGCCGAACAAGGAGGGCGUUGUGGUCCCUACAAGCGUUAAAGCCGGUGACCGUGUCCUGCUUCCCGGCUGGGGCGGGAACUCGUUCAAGGUCGGAGACGAGGAAUAUUUCUUGUUCAAAGACUCUGAGAUUCUGGCCAAGAUCCAGGAGUAG